ACACAAAAUUCAGACAAAGAAGUCAAGCCCUCGUCUUCUUGUCCCAAAUUUCACUUUACCAUCUAUCUACUCAAAUCUUUUGUACCUGUUCUAAACCCCACAUCAUCUGGAAUGCAAUCAUCAUCAAUACCCUUGAACCACUUUCUCAAUUUCCACCCAAAACCCCAAUUAUUUCCCCCUAAACUCUACAAAAUUCAGCCAAGACUCGAUCUUUUUGGGCCAAGAAUGCUCAACUCACCUAGUAUAUUCACAAUCAAGAGUAGCUCACAAAUGGGCUGUGCUGAAUCUUCAGUGAGUGAUAAUGGGUUGUGUACUCUGUUAGAGUAUGUGGGUCAUAAGGGUGCUAAUAUGAGUGAUGACUUGGUCAUAUUGUUUGGUCAUUUGGAGUAUGCUAGCAAGAGAAUUGCAGCUCUCGUGGCUUCUCCAUUUAAUUCCAGCCUUGCCAAUUAUUCCGUUGAUAAUGUUCAAAGCUCAGAGAGGGAUAAACCCAAGCCACUAGAUAUUGUCGCGAAUGAGAUUAUCUUGUCUUCUCUCCGGAAAUCUGGAAAAGUUGCUGUUAUGGCUUCAGAAGAAGAUGAUGCACCAGUUUGGAUUACUGAUGGUGGUCCCUUUGUCGUGGUUACAGACCCUCUAGAUGGUUCCCGCAAUAUUGAUGCCUCUAUUCCAACAGGAACAAUCUUUGGGAUCUACAACCGCCUUGCAGAAGUUGAUCAUUUGCCUGUGGAAGAAAAGGCAACAAUUAAUUCGCUUCAAAGUGGAACCCAGCUUGUUGCUUCAGGUUACGUUCUGUACUCAUCGGCCACUAUCAUGUGCAUUAGCUUUGGUUCAGGAACACAUGCAUUUACAUUGGAUCACGGAACUGGAGAUUUUAUUUUGACGCAUCCGAGCAUUAAAAUUCCUCCGCGAGGUCAAAUAUAUUCGGUUAAUGAUGCUCGAUAUUUUGACUGGCCUGAAGGGUUAAGAAAAUAUAUCGACACUGUCCGACAAGGCAAAGGCAAGUACCCAAAGAAAUACUCAGCCAGGUAUAUAUGUUCUCUUGUUGCCGAUUUCCACAGAACCUUGUUGUACGGCGGAGUGGCAAUGAAUCCUAGAGACCAUCUUCGUCUCGUCUACGAGGCAAAUCCUCUCAGUUUUCUUGUGGAACACGCUGGAGGUAGAGGCUCUGAUGGCAAACAGAAAAUUUUAUCAAUUCAGCCUGUAAAGUUACACCAAAGACUUCCUCUGUUUUUGGGGAGUCUAGAGGAUAUGGAAGAGUUAGAGAGCUAUGAAGAUGUUCAACAAAAAGUGAAUCCUGGAUACGAAGUUUGAUCACUGCCACCUUAGUUCUUCCGACUGGAGGCUCGGGCCAGGCAUUUCAUCCACCUCGUUUCUACGUGGUUGAUUUUCUCUGUAGAAAAAAUGUAUGUUAUGCUGUAUAUUAAUGUGUGAAAUCCUUACCCCUUUUUUUUGGAUAAAAUGUGAAAUCCUUGCUUAGUUCUCUAAAUAUUUCAAGUUUCUUUAUAAAUUC